AUGUUUUAUACACAUAGAGGCGCUAGUAAACGGAUUUCACCUAAGAUAUGUAGGUGUAUCAGUUAAAUCGACUCUUAGAUUCCGCUUCAAUAAAAUUAAAAAAAGUUAAAGUCAAGAAGCGAUAAUGGGAAGAAUAAGAUAAUAGUGAUGCACUUUACCUCAUGAUCCAGACUUAUUGUGUGAAUUAAAUGACGCUGUUUUAUAAACUAUAUCAACCAUUAUGGUUCCAGUCUUACAAGUUUUACAGGAAAACACAUGUUUUAUCAAAACAUAUCUAUAAUACUAAGAGAAUUAUUUCUUUGAAUAACUUUAUCACAGAAAAUGCAGAUAUAUAUGAGCAAAUAACAGAGAAUUUAUCAACUACACAAUGGAAAGACAUGCGAGAAAAAGUUCUUCAAAAAAAUCAACAAAUUACACCAGCCAUUGUAGAUUCUACAAUCAUGGAUAUGUGUUUUAAAAAGUGCUACGUGGAUAGUGCUAUUGAGUAUUUCAAAUUUUUGAAGGAAAAUAAUUAUCCCCUGAAUACGGCAAUAAUAGGAAAAUAUCUCAAAUUCUUUGUUUACAAACAAGAUUCCUUGACUGAUGCAGAUAAAACAGAAAUUAUAGAAACUUAUAAUGCUUUGAGACAAAAGCAUCCAUAUUUGGAUUAUUUUACAGCUGAACAAUGCAUAAUGAGCUUAUGUUUAACGGAUGAAUGGGAGAAAACGCACGAAAUAAUAGAAAUGGUGAAGAUCACUUCCAACCCAGGCACUACUAUGUAUUCUGCAUUAGCUAGUGCAGCAUUUAAAAAUGGAAAACCGGACAUUGCUUGGAAAGCAUUGGAAGACAUAAUACUGUGCAAAUUAAUUCCACAAAAUAAUGUAUACGCAUCACAUCUACAGUAUUGCCAGUUGGAGGAUAUGAAAACUUUUAAUAAUAGAAUGGAAGAUAUAUUUAAUUUCUGGGCUAAAUAUAAUAUAAUACCUUAUAAUAAAGUUAUAAAUGCAUAUGCUGAUGCAGCUAGCAAAUAUGGCUGGUCCACACAACUCGUAACAAUCUCCAGAGAAACGGGAAAUUGUAAACAUUGUGGUUAUUCCUUGUCCAAAAUAACGUUUACCGAAAAGGAAUUUCAGGAACUGGCAAAAUCUAUAAUGGACAGGGUGAUUAUAGGAUCGGACGUCUAUCGUAAGACCAAUCCACAAGAGUUGUUGAAGUUCCAGAGAUUCAUUGAGAAUACUAAACCUUAUGACAUAGUAAUGGAUGGUCUUAAUCUAACUUAUAUGCAGAACAAAACUGGACCUACGUUAUACUGGCUAAUUAAUGUAGUAGAUUAUUUCAACAAACAGAAGAAAAAAAUACUUGUAUUGACGCGGAAACAUCAGAAGAAGUUAUUUUCUUUUAAACAAAUAGAGCGGCGUGCACAUGUCUUCUUACUAGAUGAUUUAUCUGCUGAUGAUCCAUACAUACUAUAUGCAACCAUGGCAAGCGGAAUGAAUGCAAUGUUUAUCUCGUUGGACUUGAUGAGGCAGCAUAAGCAUUCCUUGCAAAAUGAACAUUUACGACAAACAUUUAAGAAAUGGCAAUAUUCGCAUCAGUACUUCCUAAAGAAAAGUAAAACUGGCAUACGCAUCCAAGAUCCUUUUGCAUGUAUGCCGUUUGUACAAAAGAUUAACAAUUGUUGGCACGUGCCAUAUGUCAGCGAUGAUUUAGUUAUUGCAGAAUCAUACGAAUUUCCGAAAAAAUGGUGCUGUUUUAAAUAUAACGAGAAAAGAUAA